UUUAAUUGAUGUGGCAUCUCGUGGCCGUUAACAUGUGCAACAAUUAUUGAAUGUGCAAUAUACAAAAAAUAAACUUAAAAAACAAAAUUAAAAAAACAAUUAGGGCCAACUCCCAAGCUUUCAUCGUCUUCCUCCCACCCUCGUUUCUGGCUCUUCAUCUCCUUCCUUUGGGCCCAAGCCCUCAUUAUCUCCAUAGCCCGCACUCCCCCCUCUGCUACCCCGACCGCUCCUCCUCCCCCUCCCCUCCGUCCGCUACGUCCCGAUUCACUCACCCUCCCGGAGCAUCCUCCCACCCUAUACACCGACGAUUGCCCCUCCGGCUGCGUCUUCUCCUACGACCUCCCCCCUCCUUCAAUCGCGACCUCGUCGUCCCCAAUUGCACCGAUCUCGACUUCUGGAAUUGGGAAUGCAGCAUCAUCUCCAACCAAGGCUACGGCCGCGCCGCCUCCGAGCUUCGCCGCACCCUCCCCGCCGAUCUCCACAAAUCCUGGAGCUCCUCUUCUAUGAAGGUGUUAAUACGGCGUAUUUUCCUUGGAGCUCAUCUCCACAAACCACACCAAUCAAUUCUCCACAUUUUUCUCAUCUAAAAACAAACGCAGAACACAUUUUGAUUUUUGAGCAAUUUUUUGUUACAAAAUUGAAAAUAAGCAAAAGAUGAGAAUAUUGAAUUGGAGAAUACGCUGAGAAGUGCGGCGAUGAAGGACAACAAGACGGUGAUAAUCACGACUCUGAACGCGGCGUGGGCGGAGCCAAAUUCUCUCUUCGAUCUAUUUCUGGAGAGCUUCAGAAUCGGAACGACGCACCUGUUGGAUCACGUGGUGGUCGGCACGUUCGACAAGACGGCGUACGAGCGGUGCAAGGCGGCGGGACUCCACUGCUACACAGUGAGGACGGAGGGCGUGGACUUCUCAGGUGGAAGGGCGGUGAUGGAGCGGCGGCGGCGGCUAGGAGGACUGGGGUCGUCACCGCCGUGGUGCAAAUCGAAAUGCGGGAGUUGUGCACCGUGCAAGGCAGUGCACGUGUCGAUUCAGCUGGGGGUUAAGUAUGCCAUUGGAGUACUAUCCAGAGGCCUGGAGAUGCAAGUGUGGAAACAACCUCUUCAUGCCUUAGGAUUUUACUUUUUUCUUUUUCGUUUUUUAGAAGUACAUAUUAAUUUGUAG